GCCUGCCUGCCUGCCUGGGUGUCUGUCUGCCUGCGUGGUGUCUGUGACACACACAUAAUCCAAUACGUACGGUCUGACUAGUGAGUGUCGGCUUUAUCUCUGUGAAUACCCCUACUCCCUUUCUGACUCGCUUUGAACAUCUACUCACUGUCUGUCUGUCUAGCUUCCCUUCCCCCCUCCUAUCCUAUCCGCUGCCCCUCUCUCUCUCUCCCCGUUUUGUUGCCACUGCCUCCCUGUCUCAUUGUCCCGCACGCCAGUCGCACGCCUCCUCAGAUCUGCCUUUCCUGUUCUCAGUGCCUGCUGGGCAGGGCAGGUAAGCGUGUGGAGUGUCAUCUGCUCCGAUGGCUCGUCACUCGCUUGCCGCCGCGAGGGAAUGAGAGCAGACAGACGGGUGUCGCAAUCGGCCCGGUCUGGUUUAUUGCUGAUGCCUACUCGGCCUCUGUGUGUGGCUAUCGACACCGGUCCAUGCAGGCCCGUGUAUUCUGCGUGCGUCGCACUUCGUGUACAUCUACAGAACAGAGACCACGAAUCAAUGCGCAGAUGCAUCGAUUCAGUCACGCGUGACUGGCAGGGUGGCAGCCCAUGCGUAUGAGAUGGCUGCGGGAUUGUAGACCAGGCCCAAUCCUGAGCGGACACGCAGAGACGCACGCACACACACAUAAGCACACGGAGCCUCUCUGUCUGUCUGUCUGUCUGUCCGUCCGUCUGAAUGGGUGGUGUAUUACCCCUUUUCUCAGCGAGCUCUGCAGCCAUCAGGUCUACACACACAACACACGCACACACGUACACACAAUGCGACAUUGUCAGACACGCUCAGACACACAGACAGAUGGUGUUCUUACAAAGGUUUGCCAUGCCCCUUUUCAAAGCCGGCAGGUCUUCACGUAAGAACACCUCCGCUUCUUCCCUGCUGACACCAGCAGAAGACAGCCUGCAGCAAGCAAGCAAGCACAGAAACCACGAGGCACACACACAUAACUAGACGCACUCUCUCGCACGCACGCACGCACACAAUUCAUUGGCAGUCACGUAGGCUACAACCCACCUUUCUUUCGGCAAUCCUUUCUUCUUCAAGCGAUUCUCGUCGUCAAGUAGUGCCAGAAACAUGUUCUCCCCGUCAGUCACCCACUGGCGGAGCUCAUCAUCGGACGGCGGUGGGCUUUUCUUCCCAGCCAUCCGGCCCUGCCACACGCACAAACAAACUGGUUGAGAUAUAGGUCAGUUUGCGCGUUGCCUCCCUUUCCCCACUCACCGCAGCCACCAUCAUCGCAUCGAACCACCCGUCUUUGCCCAACGCUGGGAUGGCGCGAGUGACCAUGGUGAGGGGAUGACGCACCACCCGGACCGGGUCAGCGGUGGGCAGACGUCCUUCUCUGGGCUUGCAGGUGAUGCCAUUGCCCCUGUUGGCGAAGCUGCUCGUGCACGGGGGAUGACGGAUGAGGAACGACAACGGCGUGCCCGUCGGGGAAGCAGAUGACGCCGCUGUCGCUAGGCAGAUGGCGGCAGCGACCGCAUAUAUCAUCCACAAAGAUGGAAAAGCGGUCUAGGCGGAUGCAGGUCUUUCUCUCCUUUGACGUAAAAGCGCGCAGCCCUUCAUCCCUCUAUGAAGUGCCAAGCUGUGCAGCCCUUGCACACUAGAGAGGAAAGCGAUGAGUCAUUACAUUACGCCUCAGAUCAGGGUUCCCA